AUGACGUCUGCUCCAUCCCACACCGUUGUGCACGAAGCCAACAACGUCGCCCAGCGUCCAACUCCAAAGGAAUUCUUUGAGAGACAACCUAGACCUGGCCACAUUUCUUCAUUGGAUGACUACCACAAGUUGUACAACCAGUCCAUCCAGGAUCCAGAAGGCUUUUUCGGCCCUAUGGCCAAGGAAUUGUUGCACUGGGAUAGGGACUUCACUAAGGUCAAGGCUGGUGACUUGCAUCACGGCGAUGCCCAAUGGUUCAUUGGUGGAGAGUUGAAUGCCUCUUACAACUGUGUAGACAGAUGGGCUUAUGCCCACCCAGACAAGAAGGCCAUCAUCUACGAGGCCGACGACGAGAAGGACUCCAAGACCUUGACUUAUGGUGAGCUUUUGCGUGAGGUUUCCCAGGUUGCUGGUGUGUUGAAGUCUUGGGGAAUCCAGAAAGGUGACACUGUGGCCAUCUACUUGCCAAUGAAUGCCCACGCCAUUGUGGCUAUGUUGGCUGUAGCCCGUUUGGGUGCUAUUCACUCGGUGAUUUUUGCUGGUUUCUCUUCGGGCUCCAUCAGAGACCGUGUCAACGAUGCUCAGUGUAAGGCUUUGAUCACUUGUGACGAAGGUAAGCGUGGAGGAAAGACCAUCAACAUUAAGAAGUUGUGUGACGAAGCUUUGCUCUCGUGUCCUUCUGUGGAGCAUGUUUUAGUCCACAGAAGAACUGGUAACCCAGACAUUGCAAUUACUGAAGGUAGAGACUUCUACUGGGAUGUCGAGGCUGCUAAGUUCCCAGGUUACGUUCCUCCAGUAUCUGUCAACUCUGAGGACCCAUUGUUCUUGUUGUACACCUCUGGUUCCACCGGUACUCCAAAGGGUGUGGUUCACACCACUGGAGGUUACCUUCUUGGUGCUGCCAUGACUACUAAGUACAUCUUCGACAUCCACCCAGAAGAUGUUCUCUUCACUGCUGGAGACGUUGGUUGGAUUACCGGCCACACUUAUGCUCUCUACGGCCCAUUGCUUUUGGGUGUUCCAACCGUGGUUUUCGAGGGUACUCCAGCCUACCCAGAUUACGGCCGUUUGUUCCAGAUCAUCGAGAAGCACAAGGCUACCCACUUCUACAUUGCUCCAACUGCCUUGAGACUUUUGAGAAAGGCUGGUGAGCACGAGAUUCCAAAGUACGACUUGUCGUCCUUGAGAACUCUUGGUUCUGUCGGUGAGCCAAUCUCUCCAGAUAUCUGGGAGUGGUACAACGAGCACAUUGGUAAGAACCAGUGUCACAUCUCUGACACUUACUGGCAGACCGAGUCGGGAUCUCACUUCAUUGCUCCAAUUGCUGGUAUCACGCCAAACAAGCCGGGUUCUGCCUCGCUUCCAUUCUUCGGUAUUGAGACCUGUCUCAUUGACCCAGUCAAUGGCCAUGAGAUCUCUGGAAACGACACCGAGGGUGUUUUGGCCGUUAAGAACACCUGGCCAUCCAUGGCUAGAACCGUGUACAAGAACCACGAGAAGUACAUGGACACCUACUUGAAGCCAUACCCAGGUUACUACUUCACUGGUGACGGAGCUGCCAGAGACCACGAUGGUUACUACUGGAUUAGAGGUAGAGUUGACGAUGUGGUGAACGUUUCCGGUCACAGAUUGUCCACUGCCGAGAUUGAGGCUGCUUUGAUCGAGCACCAUGGUGUAUCUGAGGCUGCUGUGGUUGGUAUCAACGAUGACUUGACUGGCCAAGCAGUUGUUGCUUACGUUGCCUUGAAGGACGAGUUCGCAGACCAAGUGUACGGCAAGGAGACCAGCGACGAGGCCACUGCCUUGAGAAAGGACUUGGUGAUGGUUGUUAGAAAAGAAAUUGGACCAUUCGCAGCACCAAAGUCUGUGAUCAUUGUCCAGGACUUGCCAAAGACCAGAUCCGGAAAGAUCAUGAGAAGAAUCUUGAGAAAGGUUUCUUCUAACGAGGCUGACCAGUUGGGAGACAUCACCACCUUGGCCAACCCAGGUUCUGUUGCCGGAAUCAUUGAUGCCUUUGGUGUUCAGUUUGGAAAGAAGUAG